AUGGACGAGGACAGCGAGUACGCUCUGACAGACUUCGUGGUCGAUGAGCAGCCCAGCAGCUUCCUGAAGCUCACAAUGAGUCGCCGCAUCAAGGACAAGAUGAUCGCACAGCCUAAACUCGUCCCGUACCUCGUACUGCUGCUGCAAUCCGAGUCUACUGCGAGCUCAAACACUUUCGAUGCCAAUUCCAUCGUUAAGCGCGUGCUUUAUGGCACUGGGUCACGUCGCGUAGUGCUCUUGGAGUUGUGCGACAAUUCUGUAGCUCAGAAGUUGCGUGACUUUCUCCAUGAGAAGCCUUGUGAGCUGCUAGGUCGACGUCCCAUGUACGCAGACUUCGCGAUACCCCGCAAAGAGCAGGAAGCACGCGAUCGCCUGCUGAGAGUGCACAACGUGCAACGCAAUUCAGGUCCUCCGGGACUAAGAGUUCCUGGAUUGAAGUUCGGGGCAGAGUUCGUCACUGAAGCGCAAGAAGCUGCUUGUUUGGCUUUCUUUGAGCGGGAGAAUGGAGCUCAUUGGGCCAACACCAUCCGCGCGAGACAGGUGCAGCACUUUGGCUACGAAUUUAACUACGAUACACGAAGGUGUGACCCGGAUCAGCCCAUGAAAGAACCCAUCCCAGAGGUGCUGCAGCCCGUAAUCGAUAAGAUUGUAGAGUGCGGAAUCAUGGACGGCGACAGACCGGACCAGAUCACAGUGAACGAAUAUCUGCCAGGACAAGGAAUUGCCUUCCAUUUGGACACCCACUCAGCGUUUACAACGACAAUAGCAUCGCUAAGUAUUUGCAGCGAAGUGGUUAUGGACUUCCGACAUCCGGAUGGUGUUCGAAAUGAAGGCGUGCUGCUGCCAGCUCGUUCGCUGGCUGUAAUGAGUGGGGCUAGUCGCUACAAGUGGGAACACGCUAUCGUCCCGCGUACAUUCGAUGUGAUAGACGGGAAACAGAUCCCUCGACAGCGUAGAGUGAGUAUUACGUUCCGGAAGAUUCACUCGGGUCCGUGUGAAUGCUCGUUCCCGAAGUACUGCGAUACUCCGGAACGAGAUGGACAAGAAGAUGCUCAGGAAGAGGAACUAGACCCUAGUUCGCAGACGACCAGUCUGGCGCCUACUGCAAUGGAGAAACAGUACGUUCAUGAGUUUUACGAGACGGUAGCUGCGCAUUUCAGCAGCACGAGGCAUAGUCCGUGGCCGAGAGUUGCUCAGUUUGUAGCAUCACUGCCGAGUGGAUCGGUAGUCGCUGAUCUCGGCUGCGGCAACGGCAAGUACAUGAAUUGGCGGCUUGUAAACAUCUGUGGGGACAGAGGUCUUGAUGCGAUGGUGUGCGAUGCCCUAGCGGUUCCGUUGCGGUCGAACUCGUGCGAUGCUGCGCUGUCGAUCGCUGUACUUCACCACCUCAGCACACUAGGACACCGCCUGGCAGCGGUGAAGGAAGUGUUGCGUGUUCUACGUGUGGGUGGACGUGGAAUUAUCUACGCAUGGGCACAUGAGCAGAUGAAGGGCUCUCGUCGUCGGUUUGAGGAUGGGCGACAAGACUUCAUGGUACCCUGGAAUCUUGACAAGCGCUUUGCAUUCUCCAGUGAAGCAUAUUCGGUUGAGACUGUUGGGACAGACAGAAAGGAGGCCCAUAAGAACCCAAGCGAAGAUGGAGAUGACGAGACGACCACGAAGGUGCAAGAGCCCGUGGUUGUACAGAGAUAUUGCCACAUGUUCAAACAAGGCGAGUUGGAAAAACUAGUGGAGCUUGCAGGUAAUGCCAAGGUGGAAGAGAGUUACUACGAUGAGUCCAACUGGGUUGUGAUUCUUCGACGUAUGCCAGGUCCGAUGGUGUGGGCAUUGGCGUGGCCCGCUGCAAUCAUCGAGGUCAACAAGUCUCGACUUGCCACGCUGCCAAAGGCAUUGCUUGACUUGCGUCGUAGCGGGGAUAGCUGA